UGGUUAUAAUUUAAUAAUAUUUGAAUAAUUAAUACUAUUAUUUAAUUUUAAUACAAUUUGUAUAUUUAAAAAUGUUAAAAACUCUUCGCGGUGCUUGCAUAACGAGUGUGCAGUUUCAGCAAAUACGACUAGGUCACCGCGUGAGGGGAAAAGCACCUAUUUAUUGCAGGACCAUCAAAGAACGUCUUGAUGAACUUAAUUAUAAAGAUGAAUUACACACAACUCGAAUAGACAUUGGAUUUCGUCGUCCUAAUUCAGAAAAUUUGCGUAACACACGCAUGGAACAUGUAAAGAAAUUGAAAAAUGAUAAAAACUUAGAACAGCUGGCCCGGACUCAUAAGUUGGAAAUUGACUUGGCUGAAGUGAGGAAAGAAUGGAUGAAUACUACGGGACCACUUCACCGGAGACAGAUUGCUGAUCACUAUGGAAUCUAUGAGCAUUUAUAUGGAGAGGGGUUUUUUAUACCAUAUCUGAAUCUGGACGUCUUUUAUGAUUUAAAGAAUGAUUCAGUUCUGCCAGUCUGUUCUGGAAAUGUUAUAAAGCCGGCUGAAGCUCUAGAACAGCCUACUGUGGCAUAUGAAUCAGAUGGAAACACUUUAUGGACUCUGGCUUUCACUAAUCUUGAUGGAAACCUAAAAGAAAAUAAUAAAGAAUAUGUACAUUGGCUUGUUGCUAAUAUCCCUGGUAAUGCAAUAGAAAAAGGUGAUACCAUUGCAGAGUACCUAAGACCAUUCCCAUUAAAGGGAACUGGGUAUCACAGAUAUGUCUACGUUCUUUACAAACAGAAUGCAAGAGUAUCAUAUGAUUUGCCUAAAGUCACAGCUUCAUCUCCACUGGAUGACAGAACUUUUGUAACAAGAGAAUGGUACAAGAAUCAUCAGGAUGAAAUAACCCCCAUAGGACUGGCCUUCUUCCAGUGUGAUUGGGACCACACUGUUAAAGAUUUCUUCCACAAUGUUCUUCAGACAAAAGAACCAGUAUACGAGUAUGACUUCCCAGCUCCCUACAUCAGGCCUCAAGAAUGGUUCCCUCGCAGGAAACCCUUCAAUCUGUACAUGGACAAGUACCGUGAUCCAAAGCAAAUCAACAAGGAGUAUUUACUGCGUAAGCUGAAGGACGAAGAUCCAUUCAAAACACCUCCUCCUCCUUUGAGGUUCCCCAAUGCCCACCCAUUACCAAAAUCUAUGCCAUCCUGGUUGAAACUUCACGAAAGGAAGAUCCGACUUCGCUGGGGCAGAGUGAAUGAUGUUUAGUUAUUUGUAAAUAUUAAAUAAAAUUGUAUUAUGUAGCAUAC